AUGGGUGGCGGUGACGGGUGGGUGUCGGCAUCGAUGGUGGUUGGUGGCGGUGGUGGCGACCGUGGUGGUUGGUGGCAGUGGUGGCGACGAGUUGCGGGUGGAGGUGGCGGGCGGGUGCCGGCGGUGGGCGUCGGUGGUGGGUGGUGGCGACAAUGGGAGGAUCGCUGGACCACAGCUGGAACGACGGUGGCCGGUGGUGUGGUCGUCGGCCCUGGCUCUGCCGGUGGAGGUAGAUGCAUCAUUGCAUUCUGUUCGCUCAUUCUCUGCUCGUGUGGUGAAGAAGAAGAAGUGGUGAAGAAGACAGAGUGGAGGUCGCCGGUGGGUGAUGAAGAAGCCGGAAUGGAGGUCGCAGGUGGGGGGGGGGGGGAAGUGAAGAAGACGGAAGUGAAGAAGAGGGAAUGGAGGAGUGGAGGUGAAACUUAG